UUUUUUAUUUGUUUGUUUAUCGAGCGUGAGCGCGCUUGGCGCUGAUGUGUGUUGUGCGCGUUGAAAGAUGUGUGGAUCUCGUGAAGUCUUAUUGGUGAUGCUAAUUGCCGUGGACGAUUUUUGUCUGUGAAUUUCCGAAGAUGAAAUCCGUCGUGACUGUGUUGUGCUUUCUGUGUCUCUUCCGCGAUGGAGAACUUAAAGGUGAACAACUGAAAGUAUCAAAUGAAGUCAGUGUCGACGUAUCCAGUGGCUUGAGGACAUACCAUGUGCGGACUUCAGUGCCGGGUCGAACAGUGAUACCGUUUCACGCGUACGGCAUACCAUCAGAUGCAACCUAUUUGCUCUUCCAAGCGCACACGCAAAAUGUGCCUGUUACUAUUGCGUACAGUGCCGAGACGCCUCCCGACGCAACAGCGAGCGAUACGGGAACCAACACAGGCUUGGUUGUCAUGCUGAAAGCUUGGGAUACAGACGGCACAACCUACGUCCACAACUCAAAUGUCGACAAUGUCACUGUACUUCUCGUGGUCUCCUUGCACAGCUCAAAAGACCCCGUGCCAGGCGGCUGCAACAUGGAGUUCCCCGUUGAAGUGUCGCCCUUCCUACGACUCGUGAUGGAAACCACAGAACUGGCCGUGGAGUUUCAACAUGCCAGCGGUGGUGUACCCCGGGAGGCCCAAGCACCCAAGUGCAGUCGGAACCUUCCGUUCUUUCGUUACAAUUUGUAUGUCUACUACCUUGACCAGUGGGACUUGUCAGAAGAACACUACCUGGAGGCUGUCUCCAAGAUGUUAGACCCUACUUCAGUGAAAAGCAAUGCACAAUCGGUGAAAGCUUACCGUGAAAACCCCAAGACCAGGGCGCUGUUCCUGACUUACCCUGGUGAAGGUGCAGUGUAUUCUGUGCUCGUGGAGCAGGUGACCUGGGACGGCACAAUUCAUGAGGCGGCAUACGUGCCAGUUGCCACGUAUGGCUGCCUGUGGUACUCACAGUCCCAAACGUGUCGACGGCUUGAGAGUGCCUGGGGUCUGGUGGUGGCCCUGCUGUUGAGCAUUGCAGGCCUCAUCAUUUGCUUCAGAGGCCAUCGCUUCUUUUCAUUUCAGAUGUUCUUCUUCGGCUUCCUCGCAUUUUCUUUAAUAAGCUUCAUGGUUUUUAUUGCCAUAACGAGGGCAUCUGCACGUGAUGGACUCCUGGCAGCUUUGCUCGGAGGGGCGCUCGGUGGAAUGAUGUGGAUGGCCGUGUGGUGGCUGUUUGCCAUCCCCGUGCUCUCUAUAUCUCUGUCGGGACUGACCCUUGGCUUUCUGGUCGCGGCUACCCUUCUCUUCACACCUCUAGGUGAAGUAGCAUUUCUUCAGAGCAGCAUGAGCUACUGGGUCUUCAUCAGCUGUAUUAUGCUGCUGCCAGCUCUGCUGUUGCUUCCACAGGCCAAGCUGUUGAGUGUGGUGUCUUGCUCCUUAGUUGGUGGCUACUGCACCAUCCUGGCAGCAGAUCAGUACCUGGGCACAUCACUGUCCUACGUGGUGCUGAAUGUUGUGCGACGUUCCUUGGUUCCGGGUGGCUACCAGGCCAGCAACACAGUUCCCUUCCAGCUAAAUGACGUACUGCUGUCCAUGACUUGGGCCGCACUCUUCGCACUGGGCACAGUGCUGCAGCUAUGGUCCGAGCGGGGCAGGGCGCCCUUCCCCCAGUCGCCGUACCACAAGUGGAUACGGGAUCGCAGCUCCGCAAGCCAGCCUCUGUUGGCGACGACGCAGCUUCCUCCGCCCACAUACGGAAGCAUAGGUGGCAAUGCACCCCCCUACGAGCCACCACCUAGCUACAACUCAUUCUGAUUGAGUCGAGGCUGUUCCUUGCAGUCAUUGUUACCUUCGUUUGUGAAAACCCCAUAUCUUGAAAGCAUUCCUCCACUCGACACCUGAUCACAAAUCAUAGGAUGUGGAGGGCAGCACUGCUCCUUGACUGAAGUAGUCGCCGCACUUAAGCUGAUUAGCUUUUUAUCGAGGCACUGUCAGCCUCGUCUUGAAGGCAUCGAAGUGACACUGCGUUAUGAGGCAAGUUCUUGCCAUGAUAAUAAUGUAACAGCAGUGUUGAAGCAUGGUGUGUACUCCAGCAGAAUACCUUGUGGAGUCGAGAAGAGCUUCGAGUCAGCUUUCUCGUUUGCAAAUACGACAUUUAGCCUCUCUCCAGCAGGAUAAGGAGAUCACACCGCGUAUUACCGAGUGACAGAACACGUGGUUGUCACCUGCGUUACUAUAUGGCUAUUUUAUACUGCACUAGUCAGAACAGUUGGAAGUGGUUGUAUGUUUGUAAUUGAAUGUGUGUAGUCAAGUGUUUACGACUCAUAUAAAAGUGAACUGCACCUUGCAGCUAAGAGGUGCCACCUUUUCUUAUCUCUCUCUGACAAGGAGCGGGCUUACAAUGUUGCGUGAAAAUUUACAUGCCUGAUAACACCUGGAAUAGGAUUCUGAUCACAUUGUAUAUGAAGAUCGUUAUAAUAUACUUUGUUACUUGUUGACGCUGACGAUGGGACACUCAUCUUCUUUUUUUAUAUUUGGGCCACAGUUCUUUUUUUGUUGCACUCUUUUGUUUAUUUAUAAUACCCAAUUGGGAAGUAGGGUCGCUACACAACUUCUUGGUCAAGCACCACCAGCAGGCAUGGUACCUGAAGCUGUGCAGUGUGUCCGGUGUGCAGCUGGGUCAAGCUCCGAUACAAAGGUGACGACAGAAGACAUCACAAAAUGACGUUCACUGUUUCUUUUUAUUCUUUUUUUCUUGUCUUUACCGAAAACUCUUUGGGAUGAGCUAUAUUAAAAGUAUGCCUCUUGACAUUUCUAAA